GUAGUGUUGUAGCUCGCAAUCUGAUUAGUUAUAGCUACAAGUCUACAAGCAACAUGGAUUGUACACUGCAUGUGCCCACAGUGCUGACUGUGAAGUCUCAAGGCAGAUAGAUACCACUGACCCUGGCAACACGUGAUGUGACAACUGAAAUCUGAUAAAAACUACAACAUAAGCAGACACUCCUUGUUGCAGCGCACCUGAGAGAAACACUAUGAAUAGACUACAAAUGAUAAUUUACUACAUUUUUAUGGACAGAUAUAUAUUAAAGUGUAAAUUUGUGAUUCUUAUAGAGUUUAGGCCAGCAGAGAGAAGGCCUUGGUGGCCCCGACAGCCCACCACUGAUCAAAGGUUUCUUACAUAAACUUUUUUUAUAUAAACCAUAACCUUGACUUAAACUUUAAAAAAGACAGUGCACUGUCCUGUUAUAGUGUAGAUAAUUCACAAAGUUUUCACCACUGUCAUUAAACAUUACCUAACAUCAGUAAGUAAAUGGGUAACUGUCUCUUUUCAAAAGCUGUUCUUAUUCCUUAUUCUGACUUCAGAGGGAUCCUUCAGCUUUAACAAUCUCCCGUGUGGCAAAAAAAAAUCCCAGUGGUUGUUUGUGAGUGUUUUUUGAAGGAUAAAAAUGAAUCUUCAGGAAUACUUCAGAAGGAUCAGGUUCAGCGGGGUGUAUGAGAAACCCGAUCUGGCCACACUCCGUACCGUCCACAAGCUGCAUGUGAUGAGCAUUAGCUUCGAGAACCUCAGCGUCCACUGUGGAGAACGGAACACCAUGGACCUGCAGAUCGUUUAUGAGAAGAUUGUAAAAAAUCAUCGUGGAGGAUGGUGCUGUGAAAACAACCUGCUCUUCUCCUGGGUGCUGAGAGAGAUGGGCUACAAAUACACCACGCUGGGCUGUAAAGUCUUCAACACACUUAAAAAUGACUUCAACCCUUUCAAUUCACACCUCAUUAACAUGGUGGAGAUCGAAGGCAAACCGUAUAUUGCUGAUGUGAGCUUUGGAGUGUCGUGCCAAAUCUGGCAUCCACUAGAAAUGAUCGCUGGGAAAGAUCAAGAGCAACCGGCAGGGACUUUCCGCCUGUUAAACGACAGUGAGACUUGGACGCUGGAGAAGACAGGAAGAAAGCCCCUGGUCCAGAAUAAAGCCUUUGCAAAUUCCAGCCUUGUUGACAAGCGUGUCACAAAGACUAUGUACUCUUUUAUGUUAAUCCCACGUGGUGUUGACCAUUUUCUAAAUACAUGUGAGUACCUGCAGACCAGCCCUGAAUCUCUGUUCACCCAGAAAUCUAUUUGUUCCCUCCAGACCCCUAAUGGAUUCAGAGCCCUGAUUGGUUGGACCUACAGUGAAGUCACAUUUAACCCUGAGGAAGAUGCAGACAUCAUCGAAAUGAGAGAAGUUGCUGACAGUGAGAUAGAGACCAUACUCAAGGAAAAGUUUCAUAUAGUUUUAGUUAAUAAACUGACACCAAUAAACAACAAAUCUGCAUUUAAAAUGUAGGACAUGGUGUAUAUACAAUGGUCACAUUUUUGUAUAGUGUUAAUAAUCAAGUGGCUCCAGAUGUCACAUAAUCCUCAUAGCAUUGUCUUUUUAAGGUUUUAAUAUAAAUGGUUGUAGAAACCAUUCAAAAAUUUUACUCAACCGCUGUGGUGUAAUGGUGUGUAAUAUUUUUCUAUGAUGUGUAACACAAAUUAAUACAAAAAGGUCUCAACAAAAUUAACAUUUUGAGGCCACAACAUAUAUUGUGCCCAUAAAUUACGUGUUUUGUAUGUCUUGGAGAAUCAUUCAAAAAUUCAAUGAACUAUAAUUUUUAAAAUAUCUAUGUUAAGGGUAAUGCUUCCAAAUGCUACUGAUUUCUCUGUCACACUUAUUUUAAAAUACAAGAGUUGUCACAAGUUAAUAACUUCAUGUAGUUAAAUGAAUCUCCAGAAGCUUUUGGACUAAAUAUAUCAAUUCAUGACUACACCUUAAUGAAAAUGUAUCAUGUUAGCAACUGUGUAAAAAUGUAUUCUAUUUAAUAUUACUUCGGGUUUCUUUUAAAAAAUCCCUGUUGUUUAAAUAAAUUAUAAACUAAUCACAUUGAUGCUUCAAACUAAUAAACAUCAAAUAAUUUUG